AUGACUAGCAAUCCUGCAGUAGUGAUCGAUGUGGGCUCCGGCCUUUGCAAAGCCGGCUUCGCGGGUGAAGACGGUCCGAUCAGCAUCUUCCCUUCCAUAAUUGGACGACCAAAAAAUCCUCAAAUGAUGGUUGGAGUGCGAAAACAGGAAUACUUUGUUGGCGACGCGGCCCAACAGAUGCGUGGUGUAUUGACACUUCAAUAUCCCGUUGAAAAUGGGGUGAUAAAAAAUUGGGACGAUAUUGAGAAGAUUUGGUAUCACACAUUUUACAACGAACUUCGAGUCCAUCCAGAAGACCAGGCGUGUUUGCUGACAGAAGCACCGCGCAAUCCCAAAAGCAAUCGAGAGAGGAUGUGUGAAAUGAUGUUUGAAAGGUUCAAUGUUCCAGGACUUUACAUAGCAAUUCAAGCAGUUAUGUCGUUGUACUCAUCAGGAAAGACAACUGGAUCUGUUUUGGAUAUUGGUGAUGGUGCCACCCACAUAGUCCCCAUAUUCGAAGGUCAUGGAUUAAAUCAUCUAGUGCUUCGCCUUAAUUUUGCCGGUCGUGAUAUAACUGAUUACUUGAACAACCUCCUCCUUAAACGUGGAUACAGUCUAGUGUCUUCGGCUGAGCUGGAAGUUGUUCGUGACAUCAAAGAGCACUUGUGCUAUGUGGCGUUGGAUUUGGAGGAAGAAUUUAAACGAGCUCAAGUUGAUCCAAGUAUGGAAAAGCACUAUGAAAUGCCCGAUGGACAGAUAAUUCAUGUUUCAACUGAGAGAUUCCAGAGCCCCGAAAUACUCUUCAGUCCACAGUUGAUUGGUCGUGAAAUUUACGGCAUUCAUGAGGCCCUCCACCACGUAAUUGAAGGUUGUGAGAUUGAUUUGCGUCGGACAAUGUACAAAAGCAUUGUCCUCUCUGGUGGAAGCACAAUGUUUGACGGACUCAUUGACCGUCUUCAAAAUGAGGUGACUCAACUGGCUGCCAAGAAUGUCAAAGUGAAAGUGAACGGUUCAGAGAAGCGCAACUAUGCAGCAUGGAUAGGGGCAUCCAUCCUCGGAUCUCUAAAUGCUUUCAGAGACAUGGUUGUCACAAAGGAGGAGUACGAAGAAAUGGGUCCGAGGAUUGUGCACAGGAAGUGCUUCUAA